CUACACAUUUGUGCCGUCCACUGCUUAGCGGGUGCAGAGGUGGAUGGCAGACGAGGGCAUACGGGACACGAGAGCGCCUGCGGGUGGCCAGAGACAGUGGAUGGACGACGCAGAGAGGGACGACAUUCAGGACGCCCUCGAUGAGGAGGAGGGCCGCGAGGGUGGGGCCAGGGAGGGGGCGGUUGCAGACGAGGCAGACGAGGCAGUCGGAGAGCCUAACGUGCUUGGGGAGGAGGUGGUGAUGAUGUCGGGAGGCGUCGGUCGAGCGGGUCCUGCAACUAGGGCGCCGCGACCUGAGGUGGAGUGCGCGAGGAAGGAGAAGAGGACAGCGGGGCAGGCUGGCGUCAAGGUGCCAGACACGGGCAGGGAGAAGAGGGCUCGGCAGACCACGAUUGACGAGAUGUACGCCAGGGAGAAGUUGGCCGAGUUCACAGACGCGUGGCUUCAGUGGAUAUACGUGAAGAAGUUGCCAUUCAACGCGUUCCGUGGUGCGGAGUUCCAGAGGGUGCGGCAGGCAGUAGAGAGAGUGCCUCGCUCUCUCCAGUUCCGGUUUCCCUCCUACAGGGUUACAGAGGGCGCCGGUAUCCCUUCGCAGAGGGCGAAGGUGGCGACGAUGGUGAGCGAGGUGUGCGCCACUUUCCAGCACAGUGGUGCCACUAUCCUUUCCGACGGGAGGAAGUCGCACAGCGGCAAGCCGCUCGUGAACUUCCUCGUCGGGGGCGCCAAUGGCGCCCUGCUGUACGCCACCGUCGCACGUGACGGGUUGGUCCGAGACACAGCGGACGUUGUGUAUCGCCGACGAGACGCAUUGGAGAGCAUGUUGCAUAGGGAUGCUUGGGCACCCAUCCCGUGGGAUCGCACCCACGUAUCUCAGGCGCAGUGGGUGCAGCAGCAGAUCCGGGACGGGGAAUCCUGGCAGCGUGUCCAGUACGCCAUCCUUGUCAUGUCGCCCAUCCACCAGCUGUUGCGCAGGAUGGAUAGAGGUGGGAUGAUGAUGUUCGUUGUUUACGAGUGGAGUCAGCAUCUGCUGCAGUUGAUGAGGAGGGUGGACGUGCCGGAGGACAUGAUCGAGUCGUGUGUGCGUGAGGUUGCCAUCCGCAACCUCCACAUGCUAGAGCCCGCACAUGCCGCGGCCCACCUCCUCAACCCUCGUCGACGGUCCCUCACGUAUUACCAUUCCCUGGAGACGAUCGCCGACGACCGCCGUGUGGUCAAGGAGUGCGACAGAUUUCUCCUGGCGCAGACCGGCGGCGAUCCGGUCGGCUUAUUGUACAGGAGUGUGAGGGACCAGAUGAGGGCGUUCCACUCGAGGCGAGGGGAUUGGGGAGAUCGUGACCUCUCCGAUGCCGAGGCGGCUGAUUGCAGGGGGGACAGCGAGACCGAGCGAUGUGCAGCGUGGUGGUUUGAGCCUGGACGUGCCCACCCGGAGUUGCGCACCAUCGCCAUCCGUGUCAUGCACUUGUGGACGUCUGCCUCUCCAGCGGAGAGGAACUGGGCGGAGCACGAGCGCGUCAGCACGGCGAGGCGUUGCAAGCUUGGGUUCGCCAAGCUUGCACAGCUGGUUGAGAUUGCCACCAAUCUCAAACUGGCCUCGUGCAUACGGGAGGGUGGUGGCUACGUGUUGCCAUGGGUUAUGGGGACCGGUCGGGGGGGGACGGGGGCAGAGGAGGAGGAUGAGGAGGGAGAUGUGGAGCCCGAGGUGUGGGGAGCGCAACCUGAUGGCAGUGUUCUCGAGCAGGAGAUCCAGCGGCAGAUUGUCGCUUUCCGUGCCAUCCGACCGUCUAGAGCCCGUUCGGUUCGGGACGUGUUCGGCAGCAGAGCGACGGAGCUGCGACCGUGGCCGGAGGUCCCCAGACUCGCAUGGCCGCACGAGCGAACCGAUCACGAAUGGAUCAUUCAUUCAAAAUCAGUGACGAUGUGCUCGUCGACGCACGCCACUUACAGCUCGAAGCAGAUACGCUUCGCAAGCCAACCAGAGGUCCGCUACAUAAUAAGAUCUGAGCUGGAAGAAAAGAACGUGGAGCUGGCAUCAUUAAAGGUGGAGAACAGUCAUUUGAGGAAGGAAUUGCGGGACUUGAGGGAAGAAGUAUUGACUUGGGGGAAGAGAAUCGUCGGGGUUGUGACUGAGAGUAGCCCUCUCGAGGAGACAGCGAAGGGAAAGCAGAAAGCGGAUCUGAAUUCCACGGCUAUGCGUACGGCUAAAGACCUGGAAGCUAUGCAGAAAAACUGCAAACAAUUCUUGGUCGCGAAAGAUACGGCACUGAAGGAGGCAGAGAUGGCAAAGGAGCGUACGGCGAAGAUGGGAGCUUCUUGGAUUGACUUACUGCAAGGAAAACCUCUAUGAGGAAAACCACCCCAAGAAACUUGAAGACUACCUUCCAAGCGGUGGAGGUUGGUCCGGAUGACAAUGAGGAGGAGGAGGGAAAAGAGUCGUGGGCUACUAAAGGUAAAACGCAGUCUAUCGUGGAGGUUGCUCACGAUUUGGGGGAAGCCAAGAUUAACAACUUUCGGGAGUUGGGCCUGAAGGAAACCCGCCAAUCAAAGAAAGCAGAAGUG